GACAGUUGACUGCGGCGGUUGGCGGUUUGUCUCCUGGCGUUUUUCUCAGCCCUUCUACCUCGCACACGAUGUCGGGUCGCGGCAAGACCGGCGGCAAGGCCCGCGCCAAAGCCAAGUCGCGCUCUUCGCGCGCCGGCCUUCAGUUCCCGGUAGGCCGCGUGCACCGACUGCUGCGGAAAGGCCAUUACGCCGAGCGCGUGGGCGCAGGCGCGCCCGUGUACCUGGCGGCGGUGCUCGAGUACCUCACUGCCGAGAUCCUGGAGCUGGCGGGCAACGCGGCUCGGGACAACAAGAAGACGCGCAUUAUCCCGCGCCACCUGCAGCUGGCUAUCCGCAACGACGAGGAGCUCAACAAGCUGCUGGGCGGCGUGACUAUCGCGCAGGGCGGCGUCCUGCCCAACAUCCAGGCCGUGCUGCUGCCCAAGAAGACCAGCGCCACCGUGGGGCCCAAGGCGCCGGCGGGCGGCAAGAAGGCCUCCCAGGCCUCUCAGGAGUACUGAGGGAGCCCGCGCCGCGGCUGCCCAGCCCUCCCCCACCUCCACAAAGGCCCUUUUAAGGGCCACCACCUCCCUCACAGAAAGAGCUGAGCCACUUCGGGCUCCGGCCCGCCGCGUCCCCAUCCCAUUCUCUCCUCUCAGUCCUCGCGUCUUUACCCUUCCCUGUGCGGCCUCCGGGUCUGCCACAGGACGCGGGCGCCGGGGCACCUACCCAUCCCGGAGCUCGUGACAUCGCUUCGCCGUUCUCAGUCGUCGACGGGCUGUGCGGAGAGGUUGCGGCACCUUCCACCUUCCAGAAAUCUCGGCCCUUUGCUAUGACGUACGGCCGAGGUGGGCUUGAAGGUUAGUUAACCACCACCACCACCCCCCCCCCCCGCAGCUACAACCCCAGCGUUUUCAGCUUGGUGCUUAGCCCUCUCCUGGACCUUUCAGAAGUGAGUUGAUUGCCGGACUUUGGUGAGAAGCGGAUCAUACUGUUUCACUCUGUGUCCCCCUUACUGGCCUCUCAAACCAGUUGACCCUGUCGUCAUUUGUAGGCCGGCAUGUUAUAACGUGAAGCCAAUUUUUCCAAGAUAAACUGGAAAGGGUCAGGGAACGCCUAUUGGCCUGUGGACAGAAGAAUUGUAUACCUGCCGCAGAAGACUAGAGGAGCCGGGCCUAGCUAUCCCUCUCCCUUAACUCAAACUACAACCCAAACACCCAGAUACCAGCACAAGUCGGUGAAUCCCUGUCUGGACUGAGCCUCUGGCUUCUGAACUGGAACUUUUGCAGCUAUUACAAGUUUAGAACCUUAAGAAGUGGGGAGAUUCAAUGGGCUAAUUUUAUUAAAGGAUCGUUUUUGGUUUGUUUUUUUUUUUU